AUGGGGAGCGCAUCAGGGGACUCCCCCGACGAGGAGGUGACGUUGGAAGUAGUCUUCAAAAUUGAGGGGACACCAGAAGCUAGGGAGUUGGAGAGUGAAGAAGCGGAGCAGCAGGAAUGGAGCAGGGUGUCUCCUCUGCAGAAGUCUGAGGUGGUGGACGUGGUGAAGAAGCGAGUGAAGGCCAUCACCCUCGCCAUCGGGGAUGGCGCCAAUGAUGUCGGCAUGAUCCAGACAGCCCAUGUGGGUGUGGGCAUCAGCGGGAACGAGGGCAUGCAGGCCACCAAUAACUCAGAUUAUGCCAUUGCACAGUUUUCCUACUUAGAAAAGCUUCUGUUGGUUCACGGGGCCUGGAGCUACAACCGAGUGACCAAGUGCAUACUGUACUGCUUCUACAAGAACGUGGUCCUGUACAUUAUUGAGCUUUGGUUCGCCUUUGUUAAUGGAUUUUCUGGACAGAUUUUAUUUGAACGUUGGUGCAUCGGCUUGUACAACGUGAUUUUCACUGCGUUGCCGCCCUUCACUCUGGGAAUCUUCGAGAGGUCUUGCACGCAGGAGAGCAUGCUCAGGUUUCCACAGCUCUACAAAAUCACCCAGAAUGCUGAAGGCUUCAACACAAAGGUCUUCUGGGGUCACUGCAUCAAUGCCUUGGUCCACUCCCUCAUCCUCUUCUGGUUUCCCAUGAAAGCGCUGGAGCACGAUACUCCGUUGGCCAGCGGUCAUGCCACAGACUAUUUAUUUGUUGGAAAUAUUGUUUACACGUAUGUUGUUGUUACUGUUUGUCUGAAAGCUGGUUUGGAGACUACAGCUUGGACUAAAUUCAGUCAUCUGGCUGUCUGGGGAAGCAUGGUGAUCUGGUUGGUAUUCUUCAGCCUCUACUCAACUAUCUGGCCCACCAUCCCCAUCGCUCCAGAUAUGAAAGGACAGGCGACUAUGGUCCUGAGCUCUGCACAUUUCUGGUUGGGAUUAUUUCUGGUUCCUACUGCAUGUUUGAUUGAAGACGUCGCAUGGAGAGCGGCCAAGCACACCUGCAAAAAGACGUUGCUGGAGGAGGUGCAGGAGCUGGAGACCAAGUCCAGAGUGAUGGGAAAAGCAAUGCUGCGGGAUAGUAAUGGAAAGAGGAUGAACGAACGCGACCGCCUCAUCAAGCGGCUGGGCAGGAAGACGCCCCCGACGCUGUUCCGCGGCAGCUCGGUCCAGCAGAGCGUCCCGCAUGGGUAUGCCUUUUCUCAAGAAGAGCACGGAGCUGUGACUCAGGAAGAAAUCGUUCGUGCUUAUGACACCACCAAAAAGAAAUCGAGGAAGAAAUAAGACGCGAGUUUUCCCGAUUGAUCCUGGGAAAGUGAUUUGGUUAGUUGCACCCAGUGUUAACACAUCUCGGUCAGAAGAGACUGGCAUCAGCAGCCAAGACACUGAAAAACACAUUUCUGUGGCCUUAGCCAAGCAGUUUGUUAGUUGUACAUUCCCUGGCAACCCGGAGCAUAGCCCGCAGGGGACGCCAUCCCCCCCAGUUUGUCUGCAGUGCUUAGCCUAACUCUUGUUUACGUUGUUAUGAAGUAUUCAACUGUGCUCUGUGAGGUGUGAAAUUAAAAAUGUUGUGUUUCACCGAUAUUUAAA